UUUUCGCUCGUCUUUUUACUUUAUUUCUGUACUUACAAAUUUUACUCUAUCAUUGACUCUUAUCUCAUCAUGCAAAUUAGAGCAAUGCCUUCUCCUACCGCCACCACUACUAGUUCGUUCACUAAAAAGAGUAAAUGGAGUUCCUUUAUCACAAAGUUAUAUCCAGCCCAUCAUCCCAAGCAACACCGUCGACAGCAACAACAAGAGCAACAACAAAACAGCAGUGCAUCCAUGUAUCCUGCAUCCAUAAGAAGAGACAGUGAAGAGACAGUGGUUUCUCAACACAACAAAUAUAAUAGAAAACAUAGUGAUACAAUGUCUGUGGGUACCUUGGAUUCAACAACAAGUGUAGCCGAUAAAGUACGUCAUGUAUUGCCAUCCCUUUUCUUCCGAAGAACAGAAAGCAGCAAUCAUCAUCAUCAUCAACAGCAACAGCAGCAACCUACGAUGAGUACCAGCAGCCGCGUUCAUUCCAAUAUGCUGGAUAUCUCCAGAGAGCUUGAGCAUUUACAAUCAUUAUACGCAUUAGCGAUCGAAGAACUCAAUUAUGCUGAAGAUUCUCGAGGAUCCAGCUAUUACGCAGGCGAUUUAGUCACUGCACGUGAAGCACUGACGAAUUGCACCAAUGCCUUUUUAAUGCUGCUUGAUCAUAUGCAGGAUCCUUUGACACGUGAAGGCUUACAAACAGCCAUGGCUGCCAAGCUGCUGAAAUUACAGCAGCGUGUUGAUUCAUUACCAGAAGCAGAAGAUUAUUGAAAAAAAAAAAAAAAAGAAA